AUGUCUCGUGCGAUCCACCGUGGUCAGUUUAUUGUCUUUGAAGGCAUCGAUAGAUGUGGAAAAAGUACUCAAAGUCAAAAACUAAAAGACGCUUUUGAGAAAAAUGGGAAGAAAGUUAUCUUACAGAAAUUUCCCAACCGUGAAACACGGGGUGCCUACAACUGCUGCCAAAGGUUUUCGCUUUCUCUUAAAUGGUGUGCAAAGCACCUGACAGUGGUUUGUUUAAAACCACACUGUGUUUUCUUUUUGAAUCUCCAACCUGAAAUUGCAAAUUGUCGAAAAGGUGCAGGUGAGGAACGCUAUGAGCAAGUUGAAUUUCAAAAGAAGGUUUUGGAGCAGUUUAUGAAGCUAAAAGAUGAAACUUGGAAAAUUAUUGAUGCUAACCAAUCAGAAGACAAAAUCUUCAGCAAUAUUUAUCAGCAUGCAUUAUCCCUUAAUAAUCAAGAAUUGAUAAAGCUUUGGACAACAGACUUUUAA